CAGGCGUUCUUGAAGCCGUAGCAACCGUGAUCAGGAAACAAGUGAGUUUGUUGUCUCUCUGAUGUGAACGCUUUUCUGUUGACAUAGCUGGCGCUACAGACUACUAGAGGUGCUGGAUAACUCGCUAAUGGCAUGCUCCCAAACUCCUGUAGUUACUAGGCACACGCUGCAGGUAUUUUGUGUCCAAACCCCAUCCCCUGCUCUUACGAAGGAGUGUUGCCAUGGUGGAUGUGAGUAAGUGGCCUCUCUUCACCCUCUUGAGCGCACAGGAGCUCGCCUCCAUACGACAGGCAUGCAUCUUUGGAGCAUCUGCGAAUGAGGCCAUCUAUAUCACCCACGAUGACGAAGUGUACGUGUUGGGUUUGAACUGCAGUAAUUGUCUGGGCACUGGAGACAGUCAGAGCACAGUUGUUCCUAAAAAGCUGGACUGUCUGACAGGGAAGAAGCUGGUUAGUUUAAGCUAUGGCAGUGGCCCUCAUGUUCUGCUGGCUACAGAACAGGGGGAGUUGUAUGUAUGGGGGCAUAAUGGAUACAGUCAGUUGGGCAAUGGGACGACCAAUCAAGGUGUGUCUCCUAUUUUGGUGUCUACUAACCUGCAGAACAAGAGAGUGACUGAAGUUGCCUGUGGUUCUCACCACUCUUUGGCUCUAACCCAUGAGGGUGAGGUGUUUGCGUGGGGCUACAACAACUGUGGUCAGGUGGGUUCAGGGUCCACCGCCAACCAGCCAGCACCCCGCAAGGUGUCCAACUGUCUGCAGAACAGAGUGAUGGUCAGUAUAGCCUGUGGACAGACUUCAUCCAUGGCUGUGUCGGAUAAUGGCGAGGUUUAUGGCUGGGGUUACAAUGGCAACGGCCAGCUAGGGUUAGGCAACAAUGGGAACCAGCUGACACCGUGUCAUUUGAUUGCGCUACAAGGCUUCUGUGUGGUGCAGAUUGCUUCAGGUUAUGCUCAUUCUCUAGCACUGACCGAUGAGGGCCUACUUUAUGCAUGGGGGUCCAACACUUACGGCCAACUGGGCACUGGCAACAAAAGCAACCAGCUCAGCCCUGUACAGGUCAUGGCUGAGAAAGAAAGGAUUGUGGAGAUCGCCGCCUGUCACUCCACACACACCUCUGCAGCAAAGACCCAGAGCGGUCAGGUGUUCAUGUGGGGUCAGUGCCGGGGACAGCCUAUCGUGCUGCCACACCUCACACACUUCACCAGCACGGACGACGUCUUCUCCUGCUUCGCCACGCCAUCUGUGAUGUGGCGGAUGAUUUCCAUGGAGCAUGAUGACUUCCUGACCGUGGCCCAGUCCCUUAAAAAAGAGUUUGACAGUCCUGAGACCUCUGACCUCAAAUUCAGCGUAGACGGGAAGUACAUCCAUGUCCACAAAGCUGUUCUCAAAAUCAGGUGUGAGCACUUCAGAUCAAUGUUUCAGUCGCACUGGAAUGAGAACAUGAAGGAAGUGAUUGAGAUCAACCAGUUCUCGUACCCGGUGUACCGCUCUUUCCUGGAGUUCCUCUACACAGACAGUGUGGAUCUUCCUCCUGAGGACGCCAUUGGAUUAUUGGAUCUGGCAACCUCAUACUGUGAAAACAGGCUGAAGAAGUUGUGCCAACAUAUCAUAAAGAGAGGAAUCACUGUGGAGAACGCUUUCUCUCUGCUGUCUGCUGCCAUCAGAUAUGAUGCUGAGGAUCUAGAGGAGUUCUGUUUUAAAUUCUGUGUGAACCACUUGACUGAGGUCACGCAGACAGCUGCGUUCUGGCAGAUCGACGGCAACAUGCUGAAGGAGUUUAUCUCCAGAGCCGGCCACUGUGGAGCCUUCAAAAACUGACUCAGACGGACCCCAGAUACACACACGCUCAAUGUAUUAGUCAAGGAACCUAUCUGUUACCCAUCUGUCCUCCUCACAGCUAGUGGGCGCUGUGACACCAGACAGUUUUUAACACACAGCGCCCCCUGCUGAGUAGGAGAGGAACUUCAUGAAGAAGAGAUAAUCUGUGUUAGUCUCAUCUACAAGCAUUUUGUACUCAUCUGUUACAGAAGAUAGUCAGCCAGACAGGACAUCCCAUUUAUGUUUUACACAACUUUUUGGAAAAGACAUUGCCAAGUGCUAA